AUGGUGAAUGUGUUGAUUGAGGAUCUGGUGAAUGAGAUGGUGGAGAAGCAAGAUGUGAUGAAUGGUGAGAAUAUUGAGGAUGUGGUGGAUAAGUUGAAUGAUAAAGACAAAGAUGAGCUUGUGGAGCUGAAGAAUGAGUAUGAAAUUGAUGACGUGGAGAAGUUAAAUGAUGUGGUGGAGGAUGUGGUGGAGGAUGUGGUGGAGGAGGAUAUACAGAAGAAUGAGGUGAAUGUGAAUGAGGAUGUGGUAGAGAAGAAGGAAGACAAACAAAAGAAUGAGGAUGAGAUUAAUGAUGUGGAGAAGUUAAAUGAUGUGGUGGAUGAAGAUGUGCAGAAGAAUGAGGAUGAGAUUGAUGAUGUGGAGAAGUUAAAUGAUGUGGUGGAGGAGGAUAUGGUGCAGAAGAAUGAGGAUGUGAAUGAGAAGUUGGAUGUGAAUGAUAAAGACAAGGAAGAUGUGGUGAAUGAGAAGGUGGGUGUGAAUGAUAAAGACAAAGAAGAUGUGGUGAAUGAGAAGAAGGUGGAGGAGAAGAAGGAAGAGAAGCAGAAGGUGGAGGAUGAUGUGUUUGUGAAGAAGGUUGACAAGAAGGAAGACAAGGUGGAGAAGAAGAAGGUGGAGGAUGAUGUGUUUGUGGAGAAUAAGGAAGACAAGGUGCAGAAGAAGAAGGUGGAGGAUGAUGUGUUUAUGAAGAAGAAUGAAGACAAGGUGUAA